UGACAACUCAGUGACUCAGACACUCGGACAGUCAGAUUUUGGUGCAAGUAAAAAACUUCCAUGUCAUCUUGCCGUUGAUAGUGUAAAAGUGGUCAUAAAAGAACCAGAUCUAGAACAAAUCCGCUGCGCGUGAUUCAGAAGGGUACAUACCGUAACAUUUUCCUUUUAGUAGACCUUCGACGAGGAGGACUUUGCUAUAAUUCUUGUUGUUUCAUAUUCUUCCAAGAAAAAAAUGUCGUGUUUCAUCGGCUGCUUUGAUGCUUUUCGGGAGAUGUUCAAUCCCAAAAGCAUCACCGGAAAAGACGUUCAUGCGAAUUAUUAUUCGAAUUUAUGGCACGAAGCAGUACCAAUAGCGAAGGAUAAGAAUUCGUUGUUGUACUUCGAUUUCAUCAAGUGACAUGAUAUUAACUAUAAACUAUUAAGGUAAAUGAUUUCUAGAUAACGUUGGUCUUGAUUGCUGCUUACAAUUUUUCAUUGUGUGUACUAACUAGUCCAAACUACAUUUUUACAAUCCUCCUCCCCCCCACUCUCCUUAAUUUUUACCUCUCCCACCCCAUUUCUUCAAAUUCCUAAUCCUUUCCCCACCACCCUGCUUACGUACUAGUACCGGUACCCCUUCUAGCCCUAUUAUUUUCAUUCCUAAUCCGUUCCCCACGCCAACACCCUGCUUUUUGAGUAUCCUUUUCAUUCCUAAUGCUGCAACCAAAAAAGCCCAUCCGAGUGGCCAUUACUGGAGUAGCUGGCCAAAUCGGCUAUGCUUUGCUACCGAUGAUCGCGAAUGGCGAUAUGUUUGGACCCGAUCAGGAGGUGAUUAUUCAAGGUAUUUAAUGUGAACGUGAUAAAAGAGACGUAAACGAUGGCUACCGGUGCUUCAAUCCACUGUCGACGUAAUUGAGUGCUCUAAUGGAUGUUCUUGAGGUUGACAAUCCACUGUAAACAAGGUCUAUAUCGUAUCUUCGUGAUAUAACAACUCCAUCUCCACCCCUAAGAAAAAAUAAUUAAUGAGUCUUCUACACCCCAUGAAUUUGAAUGGGUACAUUACUCUAAUCCCUACUCUGUCUACUACUACUAUACUCCAGGCGUCGACCUAAACAUUGAUGCCGUCAGGGAAAACUUGAAAGGAAUCCAGAUGGAACUGGACGACGGCUACUACCCACUCUUGAAACAGGUGAUAUUCACCACAGAUCCCAACGUGGCUUUCCAAGAUGCAGAUGUGGCGAUUUUAUUGGGUAUCUACUGAAAUAAGAAAGUAGAUGUAGAUCAUGGUCAAUGGCUACUGUUUUGAAUCCUUCUUGGAGAUGAACCUUGUCCUUGUAUUAUUGAUGUUAUAAUGUAGAACAACAUGCUUGUGUUGUACAACAUGUAGACGCGCCAUCCAAGGACAACGUCAUCUUCUAAAGAAGUGAACUUGCACAGGUGCAUUCCCUCGUAAGAAGGGUAUGGAGCGUAAAGACUUGAUGGAGAAAAACAUCUCAAUUUUCAAGACGAUGGGCACUGCGAUUGAGAUGAACGCUAGCAAAGAUAUCAAGAUUCUGUUAGGGCUUCCCCUAAUCCAUCUUUGGAAGCAUCUUGGGAACGUUUUGAAGGGGAGAAACGUCUCAAGAUGGGCUGCAACUUCAAGAUGGAUUGGGGUGAGCUCUAACGCUGGUGGUGGGAAACCCAGCCAAUACCAAUUGUCUGGUUGUGGCGAAAUAUGCACCCAGUAUCCCUAAAAAAAACUUCUCAGCGCUAACGCGGCUCGACCAUAACCGGGCAAGAGGUAGUUGCGGUUCAUGAGAAAUUUGGCACACUUGGACUGCUAUCGCCAGAAGCAUAGGCUUUUGCUUACUGGCGUUUCAUUUUUCUACAUUGCAGAAUCGAAUGACGAAGGUCAAGUAGAUGAAUUCACAAAUUGUAGAAGAAAGUAGGUAUCGACUUCUUCAUCAUCUUUUUCGUUUGAUAAACGAUAAAGAACAAUAAAAAGAUCAGAAACUAGUGUCCCCACACCUGUCCACUCUCCAGGUCAAAUAGCACUCAAAGCUGGAGUUCAAUUGAACCAGGUGAAAAACGUGUGCAUCUGGGGAAAUCAUAGUUCUACGCAAUAUCCAGAUGUGUGCCAUGGACUGAUUAAUGGAACGCCGGUAAGUUUAAGUUGUAUAAAAAUUAUAAGCUUUUCGUCAUUUUUCGUGGCUAUGGCCAUUGGGAUCCUAAUAUAUAAACUACAUGGUCAACAUCAGAUUUGUAACCGGUAAAGUUGUACCUCCAUGCUUUUGUUUCUUGUUGGUCCUUUUCUAGUGAGGUCGGCGGUGGCUCCGCCACGAUUAUAAGCUUUUCGUUUCCAACAAACAGAAACAUGAGGAGCUACUUUUCGACAAAACGUACAACGUUAGCUUACGUUCUCUGUUUUCUCAACCUCGAGCUCCUUUUUCUCAACAUCUUCCUCCUCUCAGAUUGAGUCCGCACUUGCAAAGGAUAAAGCAUGGCUGAAGGGCGAGUUCAUAUCUAUGAUCCAGACGCGCGGCGCGGCUAUCAUCAACGCACGGAAGUUAAGGCUAGUCGGUCACUAUCAACUAUCUGGUGUACGCAGUGAGGUAAGUGAGUAAGGCUAAUCAAUCACUAUCCAGUGUAGUGCGUAGUCGUAAUGAGGUAAGUUCAUCAUUAUGUGCGUGAUCGUGUUCCCAAUCACUCUCUGGUGAACGUGAACGUGUAGUGAGGUAAGAUACUUCCUGUUCGUGUUCCUGAGUGUUGAUGUAAAUUCUGUAUGGUUCUGGUAUUUGGUAACCUGAAUUGGAUCACAAGGAUUCUCUUCUUGUUUUCCUUAUGAUCGAACUCAGGUUACCAAAUGCCAGAGCCAUACAAAUUCCCUUGUUUGCAAGGACGGCGGGAAAAGAAAGCAUAACUCACUCAACCUCAACCAGAGUGCAUAGUGUUAGUGACACCUGACUGGCGUUAAGUAAGGCGUCGAGUGCUCUGUCCGCGGCCAGAGGUAUCUCGAACCACAUGCACGACUGGAUAUGCGGAACUGACGUAGCUGGUGAGUACGUGUCAAUGGCAGUGUACACGGAUGGGACAGAUGGGUACCAAGAAUUUCAGUCACAAAUCCCAAUAAAUUUCUUCCAUCAACCAGUAGUUCUUUUCAAGGACUGCACUUGCAACAAGUAGGUGUUUAAUAAAACGUUCUUCAUCUUUUGGUUGUACACCUAAGAGUUAUGCAUAAAGUUGUAAAUUAUGAUUAUCUAUAAUGAUAAUCCAGCAUGUCAAUCCACCUUAUCCCACUUAUUCCCUACUCUUCAGAUACGGCGUCGACAAGGGUCUCAUCUAUUCUUUCCCAGUGGUUUGCAAGGGAAAAGGCGAGUACGAAAUUGUGAAAAAUUUGCCAAUUGACGAUUUCUCAAGGCAGAAGAUGAAAGCAACGGAGCAGGAGCUCAUUGAAGAACGCACGUUGGCUUUUUCUUUAGUUGGCUAAAACCGAUUCUUAAUUGAUAUGGUGGUCAUACUCAUAUCAUGUAGCCUCCUAUGAUCAUGACGUGAUUAGAGAGCUCGAUGAUCGGAUGAACAUCAAAGUCGAUACUCAAGAAGAGUCAACACAUCAAAGACAUUGUUAUCCAUCUCAGAAGCGAUGUGGAUGUCAGAGUCGACGUUGCCCUCGAUUCUAUGGACAAGAUAUGCGUGAACAAAAUCACUCUCAGCACCGAAUAAAGAUGAAAAACCGGCGAUGUCUCUUGCUCGUCUCUUCUAUCAUGAUUGAUGUACCAAAGGCAGUAUAAGAAGUCGAUGACUUACACUGACAACUUGUGGUGUUGUAGGUACUAAUAAAGCUGAGUAUGGCUCCACCAUGGUCCGUGGGUGUGAAAGACGUCUCCCAGACGGGACUGAGACCAAGUGAAGUGGCACACUUUCACUUUACAUGUACAAGCACAUCAAGUGUCACUGAACAGCGUUUGCCUCUGGAGGAAGAUCCUCCACGACCUCUAGUCGGGAAAACUUUAGCUUUUUGCAAAAUAUCUUAAUGGAAAACCGUGCGCCCUUUUUUGGCGAGGGUGUCUUAGCGGCCCAUGAUCUAAAAAAAAAUAAUCCAGAAGAG